GACGCAGGCCUAGGCGGAAGAGCGGCUGGCUUUGGGCGGAGAAAGGCGCCCGUAUACGGCUGGUUGUUACUCCGUCCUCGCUCUUCUCUCUUGGGGAGUCGCAGCCGCGGCUCGGCGGGGGCUCCUGAGAAACGACCCCGGCCGUGAUGGCGGUGCAGGCCGCGCACUUGGAGGCGGACGCCUUCUUGGUCUGCCUGAACCAUGCUCUGAGUACCGAGAAGGAAGAGGUCAUGGGCCUUUGCAUUGGAGAGGUUGACACCAGCCAGAUUGUUCACAUUCACUCUGUGAUCAUCCUACGCCGGUCAGACAAAAGGAAAGACCGUGUGGAGAUUUCUCCCGAGCAGCUCUCAGCUGCUUCAACAGAAGCAGAGAGAUUGGCUGAGUUAACAGGGCGGCCCAUGAGAGUCGUGGGCUGGUAUCAUUCUCAUCCCCACAUAACCGUCUGGCCAUCACACGUAGAUGUCCGCACGCAAGCGAUGUAUCAGAUGAUGGACCAAGGUUUUGUGGGGCUUAUCUUCUCCUGUUUCAUUGAAGAUAAAAACACAAAGACAGGUCGGAUUCUGUACACCUGCUUCCAGUCUAUUCAAGCCCAAAAGAGCUCAGAGUAUGAAAGGAUUGAAAUUCCUAUUCAUAUCGUUCCUCACAACACCAUUGGGAAAGUAUGUCUGGAGUCAGCCGUGGAGCUGCCCAAGAUCUUGUGUCAAGAGGAGCAAGAUGCCUACAGGAAAAUCCACAGCCUUACUCAUCUGGACUCUAUAACGAAGAUUCACAACGGCUCAGUGUUCACGAAGAACCUCUGCAGCCAGAUGUCUGCCAUCAGUGGUCCUCUUCUGCAGUGGCUGGAGGACCGCUUGGAGCAGAACAAACAGAGGAUGCAGGAACUGCAGCGUGAGAAAGAGGAGCUCCUGGAGGAACUGGCUGCCCUGGAGUGACAAGAACAAAAGCCUCAUGGCCUCGGAGACCAAGAAGCAGUUCCAUGUUCCACAGCUUGGCCCCCAUCCCGCCGUGCUGCUUCUCCAGCCACCCACCCACCCUCCUUCCACCUUGCAGUGAAUGCAGCUACAAAAUGGGAAGGAACCUGCGGUCAAACACAGCCGUGUUUGGGGGUGGGGGCGGGGGCGGGGGGAGGACACUGAAGAAGGAUGCAUGUUAACUUUGCAGAUGGCAGACUUCCUUUUUCGCACGGCAGCCCUCAAGCUAAUGGUGGGGGGGGAAGCGUUACGUGGACGCAGCGGCCCUGUCUUUUACGUGCCAUCUGGUAGCAAUGAACUUCCCAAUGCCUGUCUAUGAACUGGCCGCAUUGGCGGGGUUGCAGACACAUGUGUUUAAAAAAAAAAAAAAUCUAUGUCCCUGUUACGCUUCUGGAAACACUAGCUGGAUGCAGCUGGUGAUGCUCGCGGAGAAGGAGUUGUGUGUGACGUCUGUCUUCCAAACUGAAUAAAAUGAGAGGGAAGAGAGGAUUUCAGAACUGUA